AUGGUGUGGUAUAGCUAUGGCAAUACCCUCAAUGCCUUGGCUCUGGCUAUGUCAAGCUUAGCCUACACUCGCGACACCUUUGCAGAUUCCAUUGCAAUGCAGCAGAACCAGAUGUACCAGGAGAAAAACUACCACAUUACCUGGAUUGCAUCCGUCCGUGAGGAGAUGCGCGAUUUUUUGACCAUCUUUGUGGGAAGGCUCCAGAACACGGGCUUGCUAAACACACUGCUCUUUGGGAUCUCAACGGCAUUUCUUUGCGAGGGCGAGCUUGACAAUGAAGCUCCAGACUCACUGGUCUAUGCCUAUUACAGCUCGCUGAUCAUUAGCAUGCUGUACUUUGGCUGCUCCAUACUGUUCUGCUUCAUUGGGGCAGCCAGUGCCUAUGCCGAAAGCCGCAAGUUCAUGCUGAAGUUCGUGCCCGACGUUCACGAUGCCUACAAUUUCGACUACAUCUCGCAGCUUCUCGAAUGGGAGACCAAGGGCGAAGCUUUGCGCGUCCCGUUCGUGAUGGAGUCCAAGCGCCUGGCUGAGAAGCGGGAACGGAAGAAACACAAGGAAGGCAAGAGUGCAGAACCAGAGGAUUUCUUCGAGAAGUUCGAUCGCAGGAUGAAGGACUUCAACGAGUCCACGAAGGUGGACUAUUUGCACAAGGGCGGGACCAAUGCGCACUUCUGGGGUGUGAGUCCUACGAAUGAGUCCGAUGAGGAGAGGGGGGAGGGACCCUUGGAGCAAAGCUUCUAUGAGAUCAUUGGGGGCUACAACUUGCUCUGGGAGCCCUGUUCUCUAGCAAGCCAUAACUCCAUGAUGCUGGGCGUUUUCGCUCUGUGCGAAAGUUUCUCAUACUUCUUGAUAGGACGGCACAUGGAGCGAUCUCUUCAAGAUAGGCUGGGCAUGUUUGCAACAAUGACAAUUGCUGCGCUCGCGUUCGUGGGGCGGGUCUCCUCUCGACUUGUGACAGUGGAGUCUGAGCUCGACCUGAAAGGGCACCACAUCAGAGACGAAGACUGCCUCAACCCAUCGCGUAAACUGAAAGACUUGGCUUUGAAGCUCUUGAUGCUGUUGGGGCCGUUGACGGUUAUGAGUGGCGUGUUUCUUCCGGAAGAUGGUUUGGUGCUUGUGGGAUACAUGUCCCAUGGAGCUUUGCACGCUUACCUCGCCUUCUUCCUGCUGCGCUCCUUUCCCAGUGAAAAAAAGCAAAGUGGCUUGCCUCCUCCACGCCCCGAGAAACUGAGGCGUUUGGCGCAGGGAAAAGGCACUGGCAGCAAGCAAGAGGACCCCGAGCUUGGGAUUCAGGCUAGGGAGUCUCCAGAGCCCAUGCUUCGCCAGCUCCUCUUCGAGAGCGAGAAGAAGUCCCAGCGGACGGCGGUUUUCAUGAAGAGGCUCCUUCUCAAGAGCCACUUCUUAGCUUGCCUGCCUUGGGCUUGGUUGACUUUGGGAGCUUUGCAACAGCUGGCCGCAGGGAAGGCCGAUCAGAGCCAACUGAGCCCAGAGGUCAAUUUCACGGAGGUGGACAUGAACUGGUCAGCUGAUGGUUUCUUCCGUGCUCGUGCCAUAACUUGCUCGCAGGGGGGCCGCGUUUGGCUUGCUAGUGAGGAUGGAGUUUUUCAGAUUUCACAUGGUGUGGAUGGUGGCCUUGUAGAAAGUGUAGAAUGUCCGGACCUGCCACUGGAUGAGAGUGUCCAGGGCCUUACUGAGCAGUGCUCGGAGUCAGGUUGCUGGCCACUGGUGUUGGGAAGUAGUGGCAGGCUGCACAGCUGCGGCCCAAAGAGCCUGACCAACGCCCCCUUCACUCAGCUGUCUGGCAUCUCUGGCAUCGCUUUGGCAGGUGAGGAGUUCUACGUAAGCAAGAACCACAGCAUCCUGCACGUUCCAAGCCGCAAGGCAGUAGCGCGCCCAGUUCCCGGGCUUGUUGGCUUCGACAUCCUCCGAACCUCGAAAGGUGACGAUGUGUUCAUCUUUUCAGAAGACAAAGCCGAAGCCAUCCAGGUCAAAAGGGCUGGGGCCAGAGAGCUGCAAAAGUGGGCCUUGCCUACAACGCUGCCUCCGCUGCGGUCCGCCUGUGCUAUCGGCAACUCCACAGUGCUGGCAGCCGUGCAGGAUGCCACUUUACAAGACCACCCACGGCUUUUGCUCAUGAAGCUGUAG